AUGAGCUCCGGAACGCCACGCGUCGCCAUCCCCAAGAAUGGCGUCGACUAUCGCGGCAAAAUUGUCUUGGCUCCCAUGGUGCGAUCGGGCGAAUGUCCGUCCAGGCUGUUGGCGCUGAAGUAUGGCGCCGACCUGGUCUGGGGCCCCGAAACCAUCGACAGGGCUCUCAUCGGCACUGUCAGACGGGAGAACGCUCUCACAAACACCCUCGACUUUACUCGUUUCUCUUCCAACGGUGCCAAGAACCCUACCAUCGCCCCCGAACAAAGGGAGAGCGUCAUCUAUCGUCUGCACCCUGGACGGGAAGGCCGCAGACUGAUCUACCAGAUUGGCACGUCCAACCCGGAGACUGCCGUCCAGGCAUCGAAACUCAUUGCCGCCGAUGUUGCCGGCAUCGACGUGAACGCUGGAUGUCCAAAACCGUUCAGUACUCUGGGUGGUAUGGGCGCAGCUUUGCUCAAGACUCCGGACAAGCUUUGUUCCAUUCUCGAAGCUCUCGUACAGGAGGUCGGCAAGCCCUACGAAAUAGGCAUCAGCGUCAAAAUCCGCAUCCUGGACAAGGCCGAAGACACCGAAGCGCUUGUCCGGAGACUGUGCGCAACCGGGAUCACCGGACUGACUGUUCACUGUCGUACAACACCCAUGCGGCCACGAGAGAAGGCGAUUCGAGAUCAGCUCAAGAUGGUCGCCGACGUCUGUCGAGAGGCCGGCGUGGCAUGUCUCAUGAACGGCGAUGUGACGUCCCGCGAUGAAGCCUUGGCUCUGAUUCAAGAGUUCGGGGUCGACGGUGCAAUGAUUGCCACCGCAGCGGAAACGAACUCAUCCGUGUUUCGCCCUAGCUCGGAAGGAGGUCGAGCGCCUUGGGAAGAGGUCGUGAAGGAAUACGUCAAGACCGCCAUGGAAGUGGAGAACCGCUGGGGCAACACGAAAUAUCUACUCGGGCAGAUGAUCCCGGGCAAGCAACCAGCGUACAAGGCGAUGACGGCUACCAAGAGCUACAGCGAGUUGGUUAAAGCUUUAGGGUACGAAGCGGAUCUUGGUGAGAUGGCGCAGGACGUGGAUCGCCGGCUCGAAAUCGGCACGUUUGAGAAGCCGAAGAUGUCCAAAGCGGAGCGCAAGAAGGCCAACAAGGCAACAACGCAACAGAGUGAGCAGACGCCCAACGGAUCUGCGGAAUCAAAAACCUUGACGCAGGCCAUGACUGGCGCGAAGCGGACAGCGGACGUCGCGCAGCUCGAUAUGCCUCUGGACGUUUCGCGGGACAGAGGACCAGCAAGUGUGCCUGAGCAUGCGUCCACACUGGCCGUCUAA